AAGACGAAGAAGAAGACGACGGAUCAGGAAACAAUAACACCUUCGCUCACUGUUUCACAGACAAUCCCUAUAUUUAAGACUAAUAGCUUAUCUCCAUUUUUAAACCGAUUAAGAAAACGUCAUCACCACUAAAUGUUUAGAAACCUCUUCAAUAAUGGCUCAGCAGCGAGGAGUGAACAGCUUGCAGUUCAACCAGGAUCAGAGUUGUUUCUGCUGUGCAAUGGAAACGGGAGUUCGGAUUUUCAAUGUGGAACCCCUAAUGGAAAAAGGACACCUCGACCGUGAACAGGUUGGCAGCAUUGCUCACUGCUCUAUGCUUCAUCGUUCAAACCUCUUGGCUGUUGUGGGUGGUGGUGUUAGUCCACGGUUUUCAGAGAUAUCUGUGUUAAUCUGGGAUGAUACUCGGGAUGUGCGAGAGACCAAAGAUAAAUUCGUCCUAGAGUUCACAUUCACCAAGCCAGUUCUGGCUGUGUGCAUGAGGCAUGACAAAAUCAUUAUUAUCUUGAAGAACAGGAUAUAUGUAUAUAGUUUCCCAGACAACCCUGUGAAGUUGUUUGAAUUCGACACGCGUGACAAUCCAAAAGGUCUGUGUGACAUUAGUCCCAGUUUAGAGAAGCAGUUGUUGGUUUUCCCUGGACACAAAUGUGGCAGUUUACAGCUGGUGGACCUUUCUAACACGAAACCUGGAACGUCGUCUGCCCCAUUCACUAUUAAUGCUCAUCAGAGUGAAAUCGCUUGCUUGGCUCUGAACCAGCCUGGCACUGUGGUAGCCUCUGCCUCCCGGAAGGGUACCUUGAUCCGUCUGUUUGACACCUCUACACGCGACAAGCUUGUGGAACUGCGCAGAGGAACAGAUCCUGCCACUUUAUACUGCAUCAACUUCAGCCAUGACUCCUCCUUCCUGUGUGCGUCCAGUGACAAGGGCACGGUUCACAUUUUUGCCCUUAAGGACACCAAACUCAAUCGGCGUUCGGCCUUGGCUCGUGUGGGAAAGGUGGGUCCAGUUAUUGGGCAGUAUGUGGACAGUCAGUGGUCUCUGGCCAGUUUUACUGUGCCAGCUGAGUGUGCUUGCAUCUGUGCCUUUGGAAAGAACACCUCCAAAAAUGUCAACUCUGUCAUUGCUAUAUGUGUUGAUGGGACAUUCCAUAAAUAUGUCUUUACACCUGAUGGAAAUUGUAAUCGGGAGGCUUUUGAUGUGUAUCUUGACAUCUGUGAUGAUGAUGAUUUCUAGUGCUGAUGUCAACCAGUGUUGCUAAUUAUGUUCUAAUGUAGUUUUGUAUAUAUAAAACUCUGUGUAGUGUAAUGCUGUAUAUGCAUGAAUUGUUUGAAUUAUGAAUGUUAAUACACGGUAUAGUCUAAUUUAUAUAAUGUCAUUUGUGUAGUGUUUGCAGAGUGAAUAAAAUGGUUUCUAAAUA